GGAGGAGGGAAGCGGGCAGGCGAAUAGGCUGGACGACGCGGGGACCGAGGAAGCUGCCGCGCCAGGCUUGUUAAUCUUCGACACAGCAAGGCUUCUGUUAUGACCACAAUACCAGCCUUUUCUCACGGAUUUGAGCACAUCCUUCUUGAAGACAGAAACAGGGCAUUAUUGCUUCCGUGCAUGUCCUCCAUUCAGAAGCAUCACCGGAGCCACCAUCACUAUCAUGGGAAGUGUCAGUAGCCUUAUCUCGGGGCACAGCUUCCACAGCAAACACUGUCGGGCAUCUCAGUACAAGCUGCGCAAGUCAUCCCACCUGAAGAAGCUGAAUAGAUAUUCUGAUGGGCUGCUGAAAUUUGGCUUCUCUCAGGAAACUGCCCACAACAAGUCCAGCUCAAAGGGAAAGAAGAAUGAGGACUUCUUUUACAUCAAAGUCAACCAGAAAGCUCAUCGGACAGACUACACACCACUCUCUGGGGGAGAGCCAGGGAGUCACACAACAAGAAACAGUGUGGAUUUUGGUACCUCAACACCCCCAAAACUCAAGCCAAUCUCUAACCAGCUGGAACUAGCCAUGGACAAGAACUCUGCAAGGCCCACAGCCUUCAAGCCUGUGCUCCCUCGUUCUAACACAGUCCUCCUCUCUUCUCCAGAGCAUGGCAGUCAUGCCCCUCAGCAACUCCCAUCCCAGGAGAAAGCCAAGGACCAGGACCUUAAGCCUGCACAGUGUUCUGGAGGACUUUCAGACUCAGGAAGGAACUCCAUGUCAAGCCUUCCCACCCAUAGUACAGCUAGCAGCUACCAGCUGGACCCACUUGUUGCUCCUGUGGGGCCCAUCAGUCGCUUUGGAGGCUCUGCCCACAACAUAACCCAGUGUGCCAUCCUACAGGACAGUAACAUGAUGAGUCUGAAGGCCUUGUCCUUCUCUGAUGGGGGCACCAAGAUCCUCAACCCAGGCAAAGCUUCUUCCACCCACUCCCACUCUGCUGAAAAGAACUCCUGUAUCCGCUCACCCAUAUCCACAGAGGAAUCUGCCAUCCAGGAGUUGGAGCAGAAGCUCCUUGAGAGGGAAGGAGAACUUCAGGAGCUCCAGUGCAGCUUUGAAGAAAAGGAGAUCGCCUCCUGUCAAAGUUAUGAGGAAAAACAGAGGCGCUGUAGGGAAGAGAUGGAAGGGCUGAAGCAGAAAUGCAAUAGCAAGCUCAAACAAACGUCACAGAAAAGCCAGCGGGCACAACAACUUCUGCAGCUCCAGGUGUUCCAGCUUCAGCAAGAGAAAAAGCAGCUACGGGAGGAACUGUCAAAUCUGAUGAAAGAGCAGGACGUGCUGGAGACUAAGCUGAGGUCCUAUGAGAAGGAGAAGAUCACUUUUGCUCCAGCACUGGAGGAGACACAGUGGGAGAUUUGUCAGAAGUCUGGUGAAAUUUCUCUCCUGAAACAGCAAUUGAAAGACUCACAGACAGAGCUCAAUAGCAAGACCAAUGAAGUUCUUAACUUGAAAGCUCAGCUGAAGGAUGUCCGGGGAAAGAUGGAGCUGCUGGAGAUGAAAAUCCAUGACUUGGAAGAUUCAUUGCAUGCCAAGACCAUGGAGUUGGAGGUGUGUGAGAACGAGCUACAGUGCAAAAAGAAUGAGUCAGAGCUGCUGAGGGAAAAGGUGAACCUAUUGGAACAGGAGAUUGCAGAACUACGAACAGAACUAACUAUUCUGAGGGAGGAGAUGAAGUGUGGGGUGGCCUCUAUAGGCCUGGAGGGUAACCUGACUGGGGAUGCUCAAGCCUUGUGGAGGGAAGUGGAGAAACUGAAGGCAGAGUUGCAGGAGGAGCGAGAUAACAAUGAGAAGAUGACAGUAGGCUUCCAGCAGGAACGGCAGACAUGGAAAGAGGAAAAAGAGAAAGUGAUUCACUACCAAAAACAGCUUCAGCAGAGCUACCUGCUCAUGUACAAGCGGAAUCAGAAUCUGGAGAACAUGCUGCAGCAGCUGGCUGCUGGAGAGGAUGGCAAAGAGCCUUUAGACCUUGACCUCCAGGGUGCUGAUGUCCCUUACGAGGACAUCAUUGCCACUGAAAUCUGAAGGGUGCUCUGUUUUCUUGUUCAUUGUGGAAGAAAUGGGUGCCUCUUUCAAUUAAGGGAGUAUGUGUACAGCCUAGGAGAACCACGUGUUUGUUGGUUGAGAGUCAUGCCUGCCCAAAAUGCAUCACCAACUGUCUUCGUGCCUCAUGUGUGUUGUGUGGUAAGGCACUGUGCCCAGCCCAUCAUGCCUGAUGCUUUUCACCAGGAGGGCAACCACUUAUCACGUAUCCUGGUAGGAAAGGGAAAAGGAAUCCUGUUCAGAAGAUAAUGUUACCAGUGGACCACUACAUCAGGGCAGAAUCAACCUAGUAGCUGCUCUGGUAGAAAAUAUGCAAGAAUCCUCAUGCCAAAUAGAACAGAUGCCUCCCUCUUAUCCAUGAUCCCAGUUCCAAUUGCCAGGGGAUACUGGGGAAGGAAAAGUGAGUUCCCAUGCCAAUCCCUGCAGCCAUCAGAAAUGCCACUGUAGGCAUUUUGACCCCACAGCUGUCAAAGUUCAAAAAGGACUAUUCCAAGAGCCUCUGAACUACAAUGAGGGAAGAAUUUCUGGAAGAUUUAUAGGCUUUGACUCUUCAGUUCCUUAGGUUAAAAAAAGAGAAUAGAACCAUACAGAGAGUAUACCAUCAGAAGUAUUCAAUAUUCAAGGAGGUAUGUUAACUCUCAUUGACUGAAGGUAUGUGAGUGGCAUACUUUCCCUGGGGUGAAGAGGCUACAAAGAAGAUUCUAGGAUCUCUAAGAGAAUGAAUCCCUUAAAGUGGGGUUGCUUCAGAUGACUGCAGAUUGACCGCAAAUCCCAUCAGCCCAGUCAGCAUAGCCAGUGAGAUAAAUGAGUUGUUGGUUUUGUAGUCUAAACAGGUAGAGGGCCAUAAGUUUUAACUUUGCCUUAAAGAGUAAAAAGCAUUUCCUCCAUUUUUUUUAAAUCUUGAAAAAAAUAGCUGUUUCCACUCAUUUCCUGUGGAGGUUCUCUUUGUCCAGAACAGUUCUUCCAACUGAAAUAACAGUGUUCUAGGCCAGUGGUUCUUAACCUGGGUGAUAUUGCCCCCAAGGGGGCGAUUUUGUUUUUCA